CGCUGAGGCCUGUAUGUAAACAAGAGAAGUCAAGAUGUCUGGGGAGUAUUUAUUUUUGAGAACAAGACACAUCAAAUUUUUGCAGCGGUGUCUGCGAGUGCUGCCGUACAGUGCCGUCACCUUUGACACCAGUCGGUAAACAAGCACCCUAACUCCAGCAGUCAUCCACAGCAGCACGACACCACUUCAACCCAGCCAUGUCUCUUCUCGUAUCCUGUGCAUUGUUCACACUCCCUUCAUACUUCCUUGACCAACCACUUGGGCUGGACGAUAGAGCGACUGUCGCGCUUCAUGCAGGAUGACGGUGUUGUUCUUUGCGCUCUCUGGAUUGGACCUUCUAGAUGGCUUAAAGGAAGUAACUGAUAAAGAGAGAGAGCAUAUCAUUGACUGGAUAUACUCUUUGCAAAUACUACCAGCGGAUGACAAAGAUCAGUUGGCAAAUGCUGGGUUUCGAGGAGGUUCAUCUCUUGCCAGUUGUAGAAGCCACACAGACUGUGCCUCCGGCAUCUCUUCCUUUGAUUGUGGCCACAUUACCAUGACCUACACUGCCCUUGCCUCGUUAGUUAUUUUAGGGGAUAACUUAAGUCGUGUAAAUAGAAAAGCAGUCUUGGCGCAUGUUGCAGCUCUACAAUGUCCAGAUGGAAGUUUUUUCUCUACUAAUGGAGGCAGUGAAAAUGACAUGCGGUUUAUGUAUUGUGCUGCAACCAUCUGUUAUAUUCUUCAAGAUUUUUCGACUAUAAAUAUCAACAAUGCUGUCCGGUACAUUGUGAACAGUAUGAGCUAUGAAGGUGCCAUGGGUCAGGGAAUCUUCUUGGAAUCUCAUGGAGGAAGUUCUUACUGUGCAGUCGCAACCUUACAUUUGAUGGGCAAGCUCGACUCGGCUUUAUCCAGUAUUCAGAAACAGAGACUAGUGCGAUGGUUGGUGAAUCGACAGGAUAGUGGUGGUUUACAAGGCCGACCCAAUAAGCCUCCUGACACAUGUUACACCUUCUGGAUUGGGGCAUCGUUGAAGUUACUAGGUGGUCUCAAUUUGUUGAACCUGGAAGCACUUCGACAAUUUGUGCUGUCAACUCAAGAUCCCAUCACUGGAGGCCUAGCAAAAUACCCCGACUCCCACCCAGAUGGUUUGCACACUUACCUAGGAAUCAGUGGUCUUUCCCUCCUGGAACAAGACAAUCUUAGACCAAUAGAUCCAGCCUUGAACAUCAGCCAGCGUGCCCUCAAACAUCUCCAGACACUGCACAAAUCUACUAGCAACUCCCAGUCAGGGGAUUGCUUAUGAGCCACACUCAUUAUAAAGAGCCUUAUGUGGUAAAAAAACUAAGCUAUCACAUGAGGAAUGUUAUACGAUAUAUAUAAAUUCCAGAUUUAUACACAUUAUAGAUUAAUCAUAUUUUAUGCACAUAGCCAAUAAUAUGAAAAUGUUAUAUGUAUAUAUUUAUAUAAAUGCUGUAUAUAAAAGUAUAGGAUCAGAAACCAA